AUGUCUUCAGCCUACGGUGCCAUCGCACGUCCAGCCUCAGCCGGUAGUCUCGGCUCAGUCCUCCCUCGCCAUGCAACCCUCCGCUCCCAGCCAACUGAUCAGCAGAACAGUCAUUCCACCAACCACCAGGCAACACUCUUUGCAAUCUCCAAGGCACCCUCCUCAACCUCUACAUUCUUCACCCUUUCCGCUGCAACCCACGCAACAUUAGUCGACGCCAUGAACAAGGUCUUCAACUCCGAAGUCGAGCGUGGCGACACUUACCCCCAGGAAUUUCCCCUGGACGAGGAGCAGUUUGGGAACUACUUCUUGGGUGGUGAUGCGUUUGUGUUGAUCAAGGGAGAGUACAAGGAUACUGAGGAUGUGAAGGCGAGGGCGAGUGCGGAGGAGUGGGAUAAGGAUCUUUUGGGCUUCUUCUAUGUUAAGCCUAACUUCCCUAUCUGCAAUGGAGGUUUUAUGGUGAACUCCCGCCACCGCGGCCUAGGACUGGGCGGGAUCAUGGGCAAAGCCUUCCUGGAGGUCGUCCCCCUGAUCGGCUACAAGGCCUCCAUGUUCAACCUCGUAUUUGAGUCCAAUGUUGCAUCGGUCAAAUUGUGGCGUCGUCUGGGGUUCAAGGAGAUUGGACGAAUUCCUAACGCCGGUCGGCUUCGUGGACAAGGGGAGUUGGGUGGUGAUGCGAAGGAGGGAUAUGUGGACGCGAUUCAGUUCUAUUGGGAUUUUGAGUCUAUGCCCGUUCCUGUCGAGAAUGAUGCAUAA